AUGAUUCCACCGGCGUCCUCGUCCCCGUCUUCGUCCUCGUUUCGUGAAAACUACAUCGGAGCGACGAUACGCACCACCACGCGCGACGGGCGCUGCUUCGUCGGCACCCUUCGGUGCGUCGACAAGCAGAGGAACAUCGUCGUCUCCGACGCGCGCGAGUACGCCUCGCUCGACGCCGCGAUCGCGGACGACGGUUCCGAGGCCACCGCGCCGCAGCGCACGAUCAACAUGAUUCUCCUGUCCGAGAUCCAGCGCGCGUCGUGCGAGGUCUCGAGCGACGGCGCCGUCGCGGAGGCGCUCGCGGACCUCGCGCUGUGA